AUGGAAAAAGGUGGUCGUUAUAUGAAGAAUAUAUUGUUUUUUAUUCUUUUAGGUGUGUCUAAUAUCUUAAUAGAGGCCAAGGGAAGAGGUGGUAUUAGAGAUGGGGAUGGCAUUAGUCUUGUUCCAGCACCUGAUGAAAAGGUUUUCAACUUAGAAAAUUUUGAUGCAGUGGGGGAUGGAGAAACAGAUGAUGUGGAGGCUUACAUGGGAGCAUUUAGGGCAGCAUGCGACCACCCUGGUAAGGCAAGAUUGUUAAUUCCAGCAGGGCAAUUUGCAGUAUCACAAGUAGUAUUUGCGGGACCAUGUAAAGGUCCGGGCCCCAUUGUGGUACAAAUUACAGGAACCGUGAAGGCAGUUCCUGAUAUCUCUAUGUACCCAGAGCCCGAAUGGCUUAUCUUUGAACGUCUUAACGGUUUGGUAAUCUUUGGUGGUGGAACUAUUGAUGGGCAAGGGGCUCAUGUGUGGAAAUAUGCUGAUUGUAACAUAAAUCCUCAAUGUGCACGACUUCCUUCUUCAAUUGUUCUUAAAAAUGUCAACAAUGCAUCCAUUAGGAGGAUCACAAGUUUGAACCCUAUGGGAUUUCACUACUUCAUUACAACUAGUACGAAUAUCAGAAUGCAAAGGCUUCAUAUCAAGGCUCCUGGUGAUAGUCCUAAUACAGAUGGUAUCCAUAUAAGCUCUUCUAACCUAGUGAAGAUUGCCAGAUCCCGCAUUGAGACGGGUGAUGAUUGUAUUGGCAUUCUCCAAGGAUCAACUCGAUUGGCCAUCAACAAGAUUACAUGUGGCCCUGGUCAUGGCAUUAGUAUUGGUAGCCUUGGAAAGUAUGAGGAUGAGGAAGACGUGACAGCUGUCCAAGUAAAGAAUUGUACACUACGGGACACGACCAACGGAAUCAGAAUCAAAACUUUUCCGUUCAAGCCUAAUGUCAUUCCUAUCAGAGCUUCUGGAUUUCUUUUUAAAGACAUUGUCAUGGAUAAUGUCAAAAAUCCCAUUAUUAUUGAUCAGGAGUACUGUGGACGAGGUCAUUCUUGUGUUAACGGGCCAUCCAAAAUCAAGCUUAGUGAUAUCUUCUUCCAUAACAUAAGAGGAUCUACAGCAUCAUCUGAGGCUAUCAGCAUCAAGUGCAGUUCUGCAGUACCUUGCCAAAAUGUCCAUCUCCACAACAUUAAUUUGAUGGGUCUAAAGGGCCCAGCAACAGCUUCAUGUGUUAAUGCUAAAAUUAAUUUUCUUGGAAUACAAGUCCCAUUCUUGAAGUGCUAAAUUAU